AUGAACGACCUCAUGACCAAGUCCUUCAUGAGCUACGUCGACCUGAAGAAGGCGGCGAUGAAGGACCUGGAGGCGGGGGGCGACGGGAUCGAGCUCCCGGAGUCGGGCGCCGGCGGCGUCACGGACGAGCGCCUGCGCGGGUUCUUCGAGGAGGCGGAGGCGGUGAAGGCGGAGAUGGCGGCCAUCUGCGACGCGCUCGACCGCCUGCACGCCGCCAACGAGGAGGGCAAGUCGCUGCACCAGGCGGACGCCCUCCGCGCGCACCACGGCCGCGUCAACGCCGACAUCAUCGCCGUGCUCCGCCGCGCCCGCGACAUCCGCGCCAGGCUCGAGUCCCUAGACCGCGCCAACGCCGCGCAGCGGAGGCUCUCCGCGGGGUGCCGCGAGGGCACGCCGCUAGACCGCACGCGCACCGCCGUCACCGCGGGGCUCCGGAAGAAGCUCAAGGACCUCAUGCUCGACUUCCAGGCGCUGCGGCAGCGGAUGAUGUCCGAGUACAAGGAGACCGUGGAGCGGCGCUACUACACGCUCACCGGGGAGGUCCCCGAGGAGGAGGUGAUCGAGCGCAUCAUCUCCGACGGCCGCGGCGAGGAGCUCCUGGGCGCCGCCGUCGCGGAGCACGGCAAGGGCGCCGUGCUCGCCGCGGUGCACGAGAUCCAGGACCGCCACGACGCGGCGCGCGAGGUGGAGCGCAGCCUCCUGGAGCUCCACCAGGGCGGCAACAAGGAGCUGGGCAAGGCCAAGGAGUACCAGCGGAGCAGCCGCAAGUGUCUCUGCAUCGGCAUCAUCAUCCUGCUGCUCCUCGUCCUGCUCGUCAUCGUGCCCAUCGCCACCAGCCUCAGGAGGUCUUGA